AUGUUCCGCUGGCCCUUCCGCUCAACCUUCUCCAAACUGUCAUCCAUCUGGUCAGAAUCCGCCAUGUCGGCAUCUGGCAGGUCAUCAGCGGCUAGCAGGUCGGAUUAUGCCGAGACUGAACAUUCUAGGUGGGCUGCAGCUGCCAGGUCGUCGACUUCCGGCCCAUCAACAUCCUGUCCUUCUCCGUUUGAACUUUCAUUUUCAAACUACAAGAGAAAUGCAACUGCUAGGUCGUCAGGUUCCGGCCCCCCGUCUUCCAAUCCACCGACAUUUAGUCCAUCACUUCCUAAAAUGCCACCUUCCAAGUCAUCAUCGCCGAAUGUGUUCGGCGUAGCCAGAAUGGAGCUUGUUGGAAACCUGAUGAACCUCAAGCAGAAUGACACCAACGUUACCCAAUUUAAAGCUGCCCUGAAGGAUCUAAGAACGAUAACAGAGAAGGUCUCCGAGUGGGAAAUAAAUGCCACCUCCGAUGAUGGGUCUUUGAUCAUUGACUUAUGCUUCCUUCACCGAUGCCGGAUAAUCAAGAGCGAACUAGAUUCGCUACUUCGGAAAGUACCAAAUCGGAAGGAUUUCAAGCCCGAAGAGAAAGAAAUUUGCCGCAUGCUUGGACUCCAGAUUGGUAGGCUCAGGCUUCACUCCUCCGUCGAGUCGAGACACUCUGAUUCUCUGGAUGGACCAGACUUUCGGGUCAGAGCAGCGGAUUCAUCCAUGGCGGACUUCACCGCCGCAAUUUAUGAUCGUGAGUUGAGAGGGGAAGCAAAGUUUCCAAAGGCCACGCAUCAUUACCUUCUAGAUACUUGGGAGCGCAUGCAUUUCAAGUACCCUGGCUGCACGUGUGUGCAGUGUAAAGACUUUAAGGCCGGAAAUGAUUUGCGGCUCUGGGUGCAGCUGUAA